AUGGAUGUUUCCGAACCUGUACCUAUGAGCAACAGCUCUGUGGAUGUUGAUCUUGGGAUUACACAGUCCUAUGUAUCUGAAUCCGUGUCUCAGUCCGAAUCUUUGUUUGACAAUACCCCACGUUCAUCAGUCAUCGGUGACAAUGAUGUUGGUAAAGGCUUCGAGGCCGAAGACGACAGCGACAAAAAUGGCAGUGCUUUCGAGAUUGAAGAAUACCACCCUAGCAUUGAUACUGACCUUGAAUUGGGAUUCGAUGCUUUCGAGGGCUUUGACAAGCCUGCUGAACAAUUCCUUAUGAGCCCUGCUUCUGACUCCCCUGCUUCCGACUCUCUGCCAAACACUUCCCACGACCUUAUCGAGUCUUCAACCAGCUCCGGCGUUACCUCGUCACUUAACAACAAGAGAACCAUCGAUAAAGCAUUCAGGGCUAACAACGGACAGCUUUCAAAAGCCCCAGCCGUCAAAAAGCUGGCCACCGCACCUGCAGUGCUAUCUAUGCCUGUCAUCCCAGCUCACGAAGUUCCUUCAGUCCUACCUUCCACCCCAGCCAGCAUUGUUUCCAAAGAGCGGUUUGAAAUUGAUUCACCUGAGAUUUUGCGGCACCUUGCCAGUGAGGUAACUUCGACCUUCCCUUUCAAUCCUGCCUCUUUUUCGUCGCCUUAUAAGCGCGUUGGAUACAACCCUUCUACCCCAGCCAUGCACCCCAAAGUGGUUCAUUUCAGUGACGAAGCCAUAAACUAUCGCCUUGAAAUGACAAAACAACGAGCGGCUACUCUCACUGCUGAACGCAACAAGCUCCAGCGGAACUUGCUCCAAUACACCGCCAUUGAUCCCAAAACCGGAUUGCUGGGUAUUGACAAGAUGAAAGCCGAAAUGGCAAGCUUGCGUCGCGGCGAGACGGUGAAAAACAACAAAAUUGCGGGCGAGAGAGAUUUCUGGGUGAGGCAGCACUCCAUGCUGGCUCAGGAGUAUGCAAAGCUCGCAAAGCAAUAUGAUAAUAUGAGACAAGGUCUCUAUCCAUCGACCAAUCUUUUCGCGACUCCAAAUUACCCGCCAGGCAUUCUUCCCGCUGGAAAAGCCAUCGUGCCUGGUCCCACCAAUACCUUCGCCAACCCUGUCACCAACCCCUUCAACAAUCCUCUCGACAAUACCCCUACCAACACCCCAACACCAUCUUCUCAGCAAUCCCCAAAUUUCAUUGAUCUGACAGGUGACGACACCGAAAGCCCAGUGAGUGACCCAGGAAACUGCUCCAACACAGAUUCCUUUGGAAGCCCUUUGCCCAUCAAGGAUGGUGCGCUGACCGAUUUUCACCGCAAAUUUAGGAGCAAGAAUAUGUCUUGGCUGUUUAACACCGAGACUGACAGUGAUGCAGCGAGCCGAUUGUACUACAAACAGACCCCCGAGCGGAGAAAAAAUGACAAGAGUGCCUUUGACUCGUGCCGUGAUGUCAUUUACAUGCACAAUGGGGUUCGCCGCGCACUGGGUGGUCAGUUUAGCCAGAUGAUGACCCACUACGAGGGCUUCAUCCCUCAAGCUCCUGAGGAUCCGACUAAACUGUCCCGGAAGAAUGGAGAGAGCUCAACCCGACAGGCCUCUCGCAAGACUACCCACAAGUCUACCCACAAACUUAUUGACGAGGAGACUAUCCACAAGCCUACCAACGAGGAAACUACCCACAACGCUACCGACGAGGAGACUGUCUACCAGCCUACCGACGAGGAACUUGCCGCAGUGAUGGAAAGGGAGUUGGCCGAAUUUUAA